AUGAAGAUUAAUAUCGGAAGUGACUUUGACAAAGAUAACGGAAAGUUUACAUGUAGAGUUCCUGGCGUGUAUUUCUUCAUGUUUAGUGUUCUGUCCUUCGUUCCCUCUCUCCCAUAUGUGAAAAUGAUCUUAAACGGUCAUAUAAUCGCAUCUGCGCAUCGUAAUGACCCUAAAUUUAAUGAUCAGAUAAGCUCUGGUGCAACAGUUGAACUGAAUGUCGGUGAUCAAGUUUGGUUGCAGAACCAGAGAACAAGACAUUAUGGUGAUUCCGACCACCCUUUCAUAUUCACUGGGUUUAUGAUAUACGAUAUGGACUAG